CAACAAUUAAGGAAAUAAUCACCAUCGUUAGAUUUUUGAGAUUUCCAACUGAAUCCAAGUGACAUUCUUGUGUAUCCCCACAUGGCCACUUUUAUCCUUUCCCCCCUUUUUUUUGGUUUUUGGCAUCCAUUUUCUCCAGUUUUUGCUGCUGUUUUUUAUAAAUAGAUUGGAAUUGCAGCAUGGAAAAAACCAUCUCUCACUGCUCUCUUCUGCCUCACAAUCAUAGCAGAAAUCUCACCAUUCUUAACAUCUCUUGCAGAAAUCUCAGCUUUAUCUUGAGAUUUGAAAGAAGAAAAAUGUUGAAGAGCAAAAACGCAACGACGAAGAUAACGGCGCUAGUCGUAGACGAUCGCAUGGUCAACCAACUAAUUCACCACAAACUGUUGGAAAAUCUUGGCAUAGAAAACCAGAUUGUAGGGAACGGGAAAGAAGCCAUUGAUGUCCACUGCUCAGGAAAACAUUUUGACCUUAUUCUCAUGGACAUGGACAUGCCUGUCAUGGAUGGUAUUGAGGCAACAAGGACGCUGCGUGCGAUGGGAAUUCGAAGUACGAUUGCAGGUGUUUCGUCGCAUUCGUCUCUCAGUGAAGACGCACAAGAAUUUAUAGAGGCAGGCUUAGAUGAUUACCAAGAGAAACCAUUAACUACUGCUAAGCUAGUUUCCAUCCUCCAAAAGGUUAAUCUCCACGUUUAAAUUUCAUGGAUUAAUUAGUAUUAAGAAGGUAAAAAAAAAUGUCAUGUACUCAAAUAUAACCCUCUCCCCAUCAAGUAGUUAUUGAAAUCAAUGUUGUUUAAGUGUGAUUAACAAUUGAGAGCAGCUGAUUAAUCAAUAUAUAUGAGAAAGUUUUACUUUCCAUUUCUUUC